AAAAAGCAGCUCCUCUUGUUAAGGAAUCUUUCCUUUUGUGCCUCUUACUACGUUAAUAGUGGAGGUUACUGGAGGAGUAGAGGAGGAAAAGCGUAGGUUCAGAAGAAAGGAAAUGGAUAGGAAAUGGAUUGUUUCUUUGAAGGAGCUGAAGAAAAUAGGGUGCAUAGCAGCUCCUAUGGUUGCAGUCACGGUGUUGCAGCAUCUUGUGCAAGUUGUGUCAAUUAUGAUGGUUGGACAUCUCGAUGAACUUUCACUGUCCGGAGUCUCCAUAGCCACUUCUUUCACUAUUGUCACCGGCUUCUGUUUUCUGUUUGGGAUGUCUGGUGCCUUGGAAACUCUAUGCGGACAAGCUUAUGGAGCAGAGCAAUAUCAGAGCCUUGGAACUUAUACUUACUGCGCCAUCAUCAAUCUUGUUCUUGUCUGUUUUCCCAUAUCUGUGCUUUGCGUUUUCACUGAUAAGAUACUCAUCCUUGUUGGCCAAGACCAUUCAAUCUCACAUGUAGCCCACAGAUACGCAGUUUUCCUCAUCCCUGCCUUAUUCGGAUACGCUAUACUUCAAGCAAUGGUUCGAUAUUUUCAGACCCAAAGUUUGAUUCUUCCAAUGCUGUUUACUUCACUUGCAGCUUUGUGUUUUCACGUACCCUUCUGUUGGACACUAGUGUUUAAGUUGGGAUUGGGUACCAUUGGAGCAGCAAUAUCAAUCGCUUUAUCUACUUGGUUGAAUGUCAUAUUGCUUGGGUUUUACAUGAAAUAUUCAUCAAAAUGUGAUAAAACUCGUGCUGCAGUGUCGAUCAAAGAUGUUAUCAAGAGCACCAGGGUCUUUUACCGCUUUGCUGUUCCUUCAGCUGCAAUGGUUUGUCUUGAAUGGUGGGCGUCUGAGGUUCUAAUAUUUCUGUCUGGACUAUUACCAAAUCCAAAACUGGAGGCUUCUGUGCUUUCCAUAUGCUUUUCAUUUACUUAUUUGCACUAUUUCAUUCCUUAUGGAAUUGGAGCGAUCGGAAGCACGCGAGUUGCAAAUGAGUUAGGAGCAGGUAACCCAGAAGCAGCCAAAUUGAGUGUGUUGGUAGUAACAGUUAUUGCAGUGGUGGAGGCAGUUAUUGUAAGCACAACUCUCUUCUUUUGCCGCCACGUUUUGGGAUAUGCAUUCAGCAGUGAGAAAGAAGUUGUGAAUCGUGUCGCAGAUAUGGUUCCUAUCAUGUCUGUUACAGUCAUUACGGACUGCUUACAAGCUGUGCUUUCAGGUUAG